AUGCUAUUAUUUAAAGUUUCUUUGAUUGGAGUUCUUUUUGCUUCAAUUAGAUUUUGUUCUUAUCAAACACAUACCUUAAAUUUACUUAUUAGGUUAGAAGCUGUGAUACUUUGUUUGUUAUUAUUUUCUUUUUCAAUCUCUACUAUAUUUGGCAUAAGAUCUCAUCUGUUUCUUGUUCUUUUAACUUUUGCUGCUUGUGAAGCGGCGUUAGGCUUGUCUUUACUAGUAAGUAUGUUACGGCUUCGGGGGAAUGAUCUUGUUACAGCACUUAGGUCAUUAAGUUUCUGUGCACAAAAUACGACAGAUAAAUCCUCGCUGAGAGUUUAUUAA